AUGAGCCCGCAAAUGACCACCGAGCAGGCCGCUGCUCUGGAGAAGAAGGAAAUCCGUGAGGACAAGACCCCCAAGGAGCGCAAUGGCGUCCCUCUGGAUGACGUAGCUCUGCAACAAGAAGGCAAACCCCAGGCUGCUGAGGCCCCGGGAAACCUCGCCAACUACGACAUGGUUGAGCCCGAGGAGGACGUUCCCAUGCCCAAGAAUGUGCCUCUUGAUGAUGUGGCUCUCAAGGAACACGGAGACGUCAAGGCUGCGAUGGCCCCUGGAGAUGACUAG